AUGGAGGUUCGGGAGGCCUGCAGGGCGCCACCAAAGCUUGAAGUUAUCAGAAGCACGGAACUUAAGAGGAGACGUGAGGACAAAAGAGAGAAAAUGCCUCAUUUUCACAGGGGCAGGGAGGCGGAGAGGCAAGGGAACGGGCAGCAGAGCCCAGCCAAGGAUGGACAGACUUCCAAGGACUUUGCACACAACUGUAAGAAUUAUGAGAAACUGGCUGAGUUGAAACAGUUGGAAAAGUUUAAAGGAAAAGAUCCUCGAGAGAAGAAUUGGAUGAAGGUUCGAGAGGCUGCAUACAAAAACCUGACUUUCCGUGAAGGUGCCGAGGAGUAUCAAAAAGAAAAUUAUCCGGGAGCAGAGAUGCGGGCUUACUCAUUCCCCGUUGGGUACGUCCUCAAAGACCAGAGUCAGAAAAAACUGUUUGAUGAAAUGCAGAAAGCAAAAGCAACAAAGGAAGUCGGUGCAUCUACAACGAUUCCGAUAGAAUGCUCAGCAGUCGCCACGGUUUUCGACUACAUGAAGGAAGAAUUAGCCGACAUUCCUAGUUUCGUCACAUACGAUUACGAAUUCAACGCGACAUUCUACAAAGCUAUGGGAGUUGAAGGAAAAGGAACGCCAAACAAGGAGGACCGCUGGAACAGAUAUGGAAUCGAAAUCUUGAGAAGUGAUCAUGAUGUAUGCGGAAUCGUGUCGGAUGGCAACCGCGUUCUCGUGCUAUUCUUUGAGGUGAAAAGCAGACAUGAAACAAAGCGCGGUCGUUCCCUUCUGGAGCAUAUGGGGAAGGCCGAGAAUCAGCUGGAAAAGGGCCAUCGCGUUGUUCGGCAGAUGGUUGGAGCGACGGCGUUUAAGCACACUUAUUUAUGUGGCUUCGUUGCUUUCCCGUAUUUGUCGAGGAAAGACAUUCGAGAGUCUCUGGGGUGCGACUGUGACGAAAAUAUCCUUACAAAAGACGACCUGGAUUCACGUGAUUCAUUCAAGAAUUUCCUCGAGAGACACGGGGUCACGCUAACAAGGAAGAUGACACGAGAAGAAGCAGUCAAGGAGUGUUACUUGGACGUGAUGAGAACGUAUGUGGCUGCCUCUGCGUCGGUGUCGGAAAUGCCAAGGACAGUUGAAGAAUUUCGCGAGAACAUCGGCGAAAAUAUGCAAGAAGCAUUACUUCUUCUCACGCCUCAUCAAAGACAGAUUCUUCACGAAGAUAGGCGUAUUCUUUUUCUAACUGGUGGGCAAGGUACAGGAAAAACGUGGCUACUCCUCAAGAGAGCCGAGGAACUUGCACACGGUGGGGAAGAAGUCAUUAUCGUCAACAUGUCAGGGGGAGAGCUUACCAAUGAUAUCACCAAGUGGCGAGAUGAACGCCAUUUCGAGGAUAAAAUCACAAUCAAGUAUCCAGGGGGUAGCAACCAACAGAAUUUUAUUGAGACGAUCAUUGCUGACCAAGAAAAGCAUGUUUUGGUUGAUGAAAUGCAGAUCAACUGGGAAAUGGAGGAAAGUGAACCAGCCGAUAUCGGACAAAGAUGGAAGGACUUUGCAGAGAAGUCGAAAUGCAAAAGUCUUUGGAUCGUAUGGUGUCCAAGCAAUCCUUGUUACCAUGAGACUCUGGAUUUCCAAAAAAUCAUCGAUUCCCUGGGAAGAGAACGAGUGGAGCUACUGACAGAAAUCAAGAGAAACACAGAGAACUUGGGGAAAUUUGUCAUAGAUGUGACCCGGUUCAUUCAAAAGAGGUUCCCAUGCUCAUUUUUACUGCCCAUGCAGGGCUUGGAAAAUAAUACAUUUCUGUCCAUGGUUUCAUCUGAGCACAAGGGUGAGAUGGAUGGAAAGCCUCAAAUUGUCUUCAUUAAAGCUCCCCCAAAAUACAACGAGGUAUACCUGUGGGCAUCAGAGGCUGCAUUGAAGAUUCGAUCACUUCUAACUGACUCCCGACCCUUUACGAUUAUCACCAGGGGAGAAGAACAUGAAAGAAAUGUUGUUGUGCGAGAACUCGGAGGACGCCUUCAGCAAAAAGUCGCCUUCCUCGACAAGGAAGGCAGACUUCGAGGACAUUCUGAACCGGACUUCUUUGUAUUCCAUGAGUACCAGGUGGUGGGGAUGUCAUUCCAGGAUCUCAUCCUCUUAGACGAUGAAAAGUGCUUUUACCGCUCUUGGUCUCGCAUAAUUUGCAUGGCCCGAGGCUCUCUCCAUGUGAUCACCACAAUCUCACUACUCUCUGGUCGCUGGGAAGAACCUCAGCAUCUCGGACUCAUCUCAUCCUGUUCUCUCAUGAAUCCUGGCAAGCCAUCAUUGGAUGUUUCUCAUGCUCCACUAGACGAGUCACACACGAUCUCGUGGCCCACUUCCUUGGAACAAGAUACCCCAUCACCAGAUGCCGAAACCGAGUGGAAAAGGUUCGUGCUUCUAUUUGGACAAAAUCAAUCUGGAAAGACAACAUUUCUCAUAAACCGAUUGAAAGGGAAGGCUGAACAGGUAAAGGAGGAAAUGAGUAAAGAGGAGUUAAUAUGCAAGACACGGAUUCUGUUCGUUGACUGCAGCAGAUGGCAUAGAAAUGCAUGUUCUAAAAAACUCUUCUUAGUGAGUAUGGAAGAAAGAAUAAAGAAGAUUGGACUGGAGAAAGUGGUGGAGGUAUUCGACAUCCAUGAACUCAUACAGGACUAUGGCUUCAGACAAGAACUGUCUUUUUACCCCCAAGCUAUGGAAAAACUGCUGGUGAAAAUAUCUGAGAAGGGGGAAAAGGAAGGACAAAGAUUUCACGUUGCCUUGGACAAUGCUCCCGUUCAUGCUAUUGGACGUGGUCCUGGAGAUACAGAUGGAUUGAGGAAAGAAUGGGAGUCCAUCCUCGAAUCACUCUCUUCUCAUACCUCUCUCGCUUCUCUUACCAUCGCCUUCCUACCCUACGUCGGGUAUGUUACCAUCACCUUCGACGUGAAGGAGUUCAAGAGGGAAUUCAAAGUCCUUCCAGAUACAAGGGUGAUGAUCCUUGAGAGCGGAUAUCGGAAUGCGGGUUUCCCCAGCCUCCUUCGUCACGUCCUCUCCCACGAAUCCCCCCAUGAGUUGAGGGUGAAACCUGGAACCUUGAACACUAGGCCUCGGCCCUCCUCCCUUGUGCCUGGGGAGAAACCCUAUCUCAUCACUCCUCCUUUGGAGGCACACUACCACGGUGGAUUCAUGUGCGUUGGUGGCCGGGGUCGAGGAUGCCUCGCUGUCGCGGCUGCUGCUUACCUUCACUCCAACUUACAUGAACUCAUCUGUGUCACAGAAGGAAGCAAGGAGGAGAAGAAAGAAGAAGAGAGCAAGAAUGAAAUUGGGUUGAAGGAG